AUGACGGACACUUCGUCUUUUUCAACCCUGACAUCGAAGUUACCUCCCCAAGCUUCACCAGAUGAGUCGACUUCCUUGCUACGAAAGCCGCCCUCGGUCAUGACAGAUACAGAAGAACCGUGGUAUAGACAAUGGCUAUCUGAAAUAUGGCUUCUCACACGAGCUUCAAUACCCGUCAUUUUGGCAUAUACCCUCCAGAACAGCCUGCAGACAGUAUCAGUCCUGAUCGUUGGUCGGUUAUCGCCCGAGGCACUAGCGACGGCCGCCUUUUCCUACAUGUUCGCCAUGGCCACGGCGUGGCUCGUUGCCCUCGGUGGCACAACAGCGCUGGACACAUUGGCCUCGAGCAGCUUCACCGGGUCACAGAACAAGCACGAUCUCGGGAUUCUGCUUCAAAGAGGCAUCAUCAUCUUGUCGGCAUUUUACGCCAUCAUCGCGGUCCUAUGGUGGUUCUCAGAACCCAUCUUCCGGGCGAUGGGGCAGGAGGAGUUCAUAUGUGUUGAAAGCGCCAAGUUUCUUCGUAUUCUCAUUCCGGGUGGAUUGGGGUACGUAUGGUUCGAGACGAUGAAGAAAUAUCUUCAGGCGCAAGAGAUACACCGACCUGGGACAUACGUACUUCUCAUAACCUCCCCCCUGAGCGCGCUGCUCAACUACCUUCUCAUCCACAAAGCCGGCAUGGGGCUAUAUGGUGCACCACUCGCAACUGGCAUCGCCUACUGGUGCUCAUUCCUGCUUCUCGCCGCGUACGCUACCUUCGUGCAAGGGAAGGCGUGUUGGGGUGGUCUGGAUCUUCGCCGGGCUUGCGCCCACAUUUGGCCUUUUGCCCGGCUUGCCCUGCUGGGGUUCAUCCACGUCGGCACAGAGUGGUGGGCCUUCGAGAUCGUGGCCCUUGCCGCCGGUCGACUAGGCACUAUCUCCCUCGCGGCGCAAUCCGUCAUCAUGACUGCGGAUCAGAUCAUCAACACGAUUCCCUUUGGUCUUGGGGUUGCCGCCUCGGCUCGACUGGGGAAUCUUCUCGGGGCGAAGAGGGCGCGCGAUGCUGAACGUGCGGCUCAUUGCGCUGCGAUUCUGUCCGCGAUUCUUGGGGCACUUAUCCUCACGGUGCUCAUGUCAACUAAAGAUGUAUUCGGCAGAAUAUUUAACGAUGAUGAGAGGGUGGUCGAGCUGGUAUCGGAGGUGAUGCCGUACGUGGCGCUGUUCCAGAUCGCGGAUGGGUUGAAUGGUAGCUGUGGUGGAGCUUUGCGUGGUAUGGGCCGGCAAUGGGUUGGCGCCCUCGUGAAUCUAAUCAGCUACUACGGCGGUGCCUUACCAGCGGGCAUCUAUCUUGCCUUUCAUGGAUGGGGACUGGCUGGUCUGUGGAUAGGGCAGUGCGUGGCGCUGUAUCUUGUCGGGGCCCUGGAGUGGGUCAUCGUUGGGUCUAGUAACUGGGAGAAGGAAGUCAAGAGGGCUUUGGAUCGGCUAGAGGAUGGGGGUAUGGGCGCACACGUGGAAGAUGCCGUAGGCGAGGUCUGA